GCCCAUCCAAAGCAUCCGACCACACACCAUACCUGUCAAGUUUUGGAUUUGAAAAUAAGGGAAAUUUUCCGGCGCCCACUGCGAACAGUCCCACCACCAACCCAAACAAGCUCCAGUAUUCCUUACAUUUUAAGACUGGGGAUGCCGCAGUUGGUGACGGAGUGACUAGGCACUUUUUUUGUACAGUUCUCGAAAAACUGAAGUAUGGUUUCAGUUUGAACUUGGGAAACACAGGAGUUACUUGCCUCUUCGAGGGGGAGCCUGACCACUUGGUGCCCUCAUCCUCACAAUUCCUCAUUGAAAGCGAUCUCUUCCUAGUUGCAGGGAGAAUGCUAGGCCAUUCCUUUCUGCAUGGUGGCCCAUGUUUUGCAGGGCUCAGCAGAGCUUUUGUUCAUGUUCUGCUUCAAGGUUCUGAAGAAACUGCCACUUUGCAACUGGAGGACUGCCCAGAUGUUGACAUACGAGAGACCAUCGACUUGGUUCUUGGUAGAAGAACACGACAAAUUAAACAGAUAAGACGAGGACUAAAAGAGACUUUUGUUUGGAAUCUUCUAAAUGAGAGGAAGGAUGUGGCACUUUUCCCUAAGGAAUCAGAGGACUCGUGCACUCCAGAGAUGCUGCUUUCCUAUAUCUCCUGGCAUAGGAGUGAUGAUGAAGAUGAUGACGACGACGACGACGAAUACUCACCUGAUAUAAAGGAACGAAUCACUGGAUAUUUAAAGCAGUUAAUUGAGACAGCAUCCAGCAAGGAUCUAAAAAACCUUCUAAAGUUCUGGGUGGGAUGGGAGCGGAUGGAGGCAAAUAUGGCUGUGGAAAUUGUCAAAAGCGAUUUCCCGAAAUCCUCCAACUGCUUUUGUGUUCUCCGGCAACCAGGGCACUACAAUGAUUUCCAGACGUUCAAAAAGGACUUGUUGAUGUGCAUUGGCACGUGCAAGUAUGGUUUUGGCCAUGUUUAAUUUUUAGACACAUGCACAUGUUACAUUUGUUGCACACUAAUAUGCACGUAUUCUUCAAGGAGUUAAUAGAUGGCACUUUGGUCAAAAACUUUGUUAAAAUCCAGCUUAAUAUUGUUUUUUUUAACGUGUUUACUGUACAUGAUGCAUGUAGUCAUAUUUGAUAAUGUGCUAUAAGUAACAACACAUUCUAUGUUUAAGUAAUGGGUUACUUUUUGUAAAUGCAGUUACAUGCAUUAUAAGCUUAAACUGUUAAACAAUGGACUUUUAUUCAUGCAUGAAGUCAUGCAGUGGUUUUAGUAAUGUUGAAUAUCUGUUCCUUGUCAGAAUCUGAGCAAUAUCUUAAAAGUACUUUAAAAACAAAGUACUUGUAUUUUGCAAGUUAUGCAACAAAGUAUUUGUAUUUUGCAAGUUAUGCAAAUGUAUUUGAACUUGUUCAGUGGAAGCACAAAUAUUACAUUGAAGCAAUAGUUUAAUAAUAAUUUCAUAAUCUCCCUACUGUGCUCAUCAAUAAAUCAUUUAAAAAGUUACACAGAAACAAAAGCAGUUUUUAUUAUGCUUUUAAGGUACUGUGAACUCAAAUUACUUAUUACAUAAUUGCUACUGAUUUAAGUCAGCAUUUGCAGAAGAUAAAAAUCACUAUUCCAUAAGAACUGAUUGGCAAAAAUGGAGUGCAGC